AUGAAGUCCAUCAUUGCCCUCACCGCCGCCCUCUUCCUUGGAGCCACCACCAUGGCACGCCCUUUCACUGGCAAAGCCGGCGACUAUGAUAUUUGCUGGCUCUUGUGCGCCUCUGACAAGAUCCAGUGUCCCGAGGGAUGGUACUCCUCUCAGCAGGGAGAUUGCUGGACUUGCUGCAAGGAUACCAGCGCCGAAGGCAUCACCGUUCGCCCUGCCAGCCUGGUCGAACUCCGCCGUUAA